CCUUGUCUAAAUAUAGCUUCAAGAUCGUCACCUACACUCCACAUAGAAUCAAAGGAAUCCCGGAUAAAUAUCUGAAAUCCUCAUUCUAUAAUUAGAUUUUCAGAUGUGAAACUUUGUUCUAUUCUGUGUGUUUCAAAAAAGAAAUGUUUCUCUUUCAUUAAGCUUUCUUUUUUUUAUUACCGACAUGUAAGGUACGAUUGUGGUCUUUAAUUUGUGCUAUUGGGUCAAGUUCAAGCAUAACCCCAAUAACAUUACAGAUGACAAUGUUAAAUUUAAACUGACCAAUUAGUUUAAACACAUACCUUGUAAACUCUAUACUUCAACAGUUAAUACAAAGCCCUUAUAAAAGUUUUACUUUCGUAAACACCGACCAAAUAAAAAAAAGAACACAUUUAUUAUUUUUGUCAUUUUCUGCUGUCAUUAAAUAUUAUUAACACGAUUGUGGUGCUUUGUAAAAAGAAAAAAAAAAAAUGAAGUUGCAUUAUAAUACAUAGUUAAUGUUUUGUGCAAAAUAUACCGUAAAUAAAAAAUUGAUAAAAAAUAUGUGUGCACGACUUUUAGCGUGCCCUUUGUGCUCUCAACCAGGUUUUUUAACAUUGGAUGCAUUACGAACAGGAUUAAUAAGUGUAGCAACUCGACCUCUUACAUGCCCUGUAUGUAAUGAAAUAUUGCUUGGCAUUGAUAAACUGACAAUACAUUUGUUCAGCCACACUAUCAAUUUAAAUGAUAAUAAUACAACAGAAUCAUCGAAACAUACAAACAUUGCUACUAGCAAUAAUAAUCCACCAACAGUUCAUAAUUUACAAAAUACUACUUAUCAAGAUUGGAACGUAUCUAAGGCAUUAAUUACAGACGAGAGCAAACUUUUAGAAAAUAACCUGAAUAUCCAAAGCAGUUUAAAAUCCUCUAAGAACUUACAAAUUACGAAAGACGAAGUUUCAAUUUUUAAUUCAGGAGUUUGUAUUCAAGAUCAAAAUUUACCUGUAAAACACGCACCUCAAGUUCCAUUUUUAACAAAUUCGAUUUGUGAUAAUGAAGGAGUAAAUACAAUUCGUGAAACACUCGAGAACAAAACAAUAUCAAACGUAGAUAAAGAUUCUCAGCAAACAAUAAAAUUAAAUUAUGCCACACAGUAUUAUGCAACUGGUAAUAUUAAACAGGUAAAUUUGAUACAAAAUCAUGCUCAAAAAGAACAUGAAAAUAUUCAAACCCUUAGACAUUGGAUCCAAGAUCAACAUUGUGAACAACAAACUUCUACAAAUGAACAUAUGUGUGCAUUGGAAAAAUGUAUAGAAAAUGAAGAGUCUUGUAAUAAUAAACAAAAUUACAAUGAACAAACAACAUCAUUGAAUAAAUUUCCAAAUAUUGCGACAACAAAUACUAAUAUGUUGUUGGAAAAGUAUAAUAAUGAAAAAAAUGUAGGUGAUAAUUCAUUUGCUGUAUGUAAUGAAAGAAAAGAUGAAAAUAGUAAAAACGAACAAACACUGCCUCAGUUAAAACUUUUCAAAACUUUAUCAACAAAAGAAAAGACUGAACGUUGCAAUAUAUGUGGUUUUCAUCUUCCCGACUAUAACAUUUUACUUUUACAUAAACAGUUAGUGCAUAUGAUCAAUGAAAAAGAUUUAAAUGUCAUUCCUGAAAACUUUCUUAAGGAUUACUCGUGCCAUUUAUGCUCUAAAGUAUUUAAAAUGAGGGGCAGUCUGAUGGUUCAUAUGAGAGUAGCGCACAUGGGAUAUAAUCUGGGUUCUUUGGCUAAAGGCGGACAAGUGGAACUUAUAUUUAACAAGAAUAAAUAUAAUUGUCCUACGUGUGGAAAAACAUUUAAAAAGGAACAACAUGUAAUACAGCAUUUAAAGACACACGAAGCUAAACAAUGGGAAUGCGAUGUAUGUAGUAAAAUGUUUACAACAAAAUAUUUUUUAAAAAAACAUAAAAGAUUACAUUCAGGAGAAAUGCCUUAUAAAUGCAAUAUAUGUAAUAAAACGUUCACAUUUCAACAAUCAUAUCAUAAACAUAGAUUAUAUCAUAAGGAUGAUAAACCACAUACAUGCGCAACAUGUGGUAGAUCAUUUAAAGAAUUAUCUACUUUGCACAACCAUGAACGAAUUCAUACAGGAGAAAAACCUUUUGCAUGCGAAACUUGUGGAAAAUGUUUCCGUCAACGUGUUUCAUAUCUGGUUCACCGUAGAAUUCACACAGGCGUAAUGCCUUACAAAUGUACAAUAUGUGGAAAAAGUUUUAGAUACAAGGUAAGUCAAAGGACUCAUAAGUGCCUAGCGCAACAGAUGGGAAAUACACAACAAGCAAGUAAUGUAGAUCAACAUUCAACACAUUUAUCGAACGGACAAGACUUGAGUAACAACAUCUGUCAAAUACAAAAAGAUCAUGUAGAAGAGAAUCAACCAAUGCUAAAUAUUUUAAGUAACGAAGAAAAUAAGUAUGUAUUAAUAAUAAACACUCAAGGUCAACAACUUCUAACAAAGGAAUCAAAGGAUAAAGCUGAAGUAACCCAAAGUAAAGAUAAAAAAUUAGAGGAAUGCGUAGGGAUAAAUGAUGAAAAUGGAGAAACAAGAAAUAUAUGGAAGUCCAACAUUCCUAAUAGCUCUAUAUUUAAAGAAACACUUGAUAAUUCUAAAAAAAUAUAUUCAAAAAAUGAAAAAUCACUUCGAGAAGACGCGACUGAUUUCUUUUCGAUGAUAAUAUCUCCGCUAGAAACUGGAUUAUCUUCUCCCACUGCUGAAAUGGAACAUUUACGAGUAUCAUCACCAACACGAAGAAGAGAUAUACUUAAACCUUACAAUAACUUCAGAAGUAUAACACAUGAUAUGGAAAUAAACAUAGCUAAUACGAACAUGGAACAAAGCUUUAACAACGAUGAUAAUACAAAUCCAAAUACUUUACAAACUAUAAACGAAGAAUCUUUGAAACAACUACUAUAUGGUAUUAACGAGAAAUAA